AAGACAGAAGAGUUUCAUUCUGUUAGGAAACACUUAUUAGUUUGGCAGCAGUUGAUCGGACCAGGCGCUCACACUGUAAACCGCUGCAGUUUAUCAAUGAUGGGUACUAAACUGGCGCAACUUCUCAUUUGCUUUUGGAUAACUUUGCCAUGCUGUGUCACGGAAAAAGUCAAAGAAAGGACCGGCCGGCAAAGAGACGCGGAGUUUACAGACAAGUACCAGACGUGCAUGCAGGGUGUACCUGGAGUGCAGGGCAGGGAUGGCAACCCAGGGAUAAAUGGCAUUCCAGGCACCCCAGGAAUCCCUGGGAGAGACGGACUUAAAGGCGAGAAGGGAGAGUGUGUGACUGAGAGGUUUGAAGAGUCCUGGAAACCCAACUUCAAACAGUGCGCCUGGAAUUCUUUAAACUACGGCAUUGAUCUGGGCAAAAUAGCUGAGUGCACGUUCACCAAGCAGCGUUCGGACAGCGCUCUACGUGUGCUCUUCAGUGGUUCUCUCAGGCUCAAGUGUAAGACGGCCUGCUGUCAGCGCUGGUACUUCACUUUUAAUGGGGCCGAAUGCACUGGACCGUUACCCAUAGAGUCCAUCAUUUACCUGGACCAGGGCAGUCCUGAACUCAACUCCACCAUUAACAUACACAGGACCUCCACAGUGGAGGGGCUCUGUGACGGGAUCAAGGCCGGGCUGGUGGAUGUUGGGAUAUGGGUGGGCACAUGUGCUGAUUAUCCCCGUGGAGACGCAUCAACAGGAUGGAACUCUGUAUCCCGGAUGAUCAUUGAAGAACUUCCAAAAUGAGCAUCUCAUCUUCAUAACUGAUCACUGUCAUCGUCACCAUGGCAAUAGAAGACAUCAUGUUCCUGUCUCAGAAAGGACCUUCUCCGCAGAAAUGGGACAAAUUAAAGCUAAUAGAGUUGCUGUGAGUCUGUACAGCUCUUAAGAUUAUUUUCCUCCGGCUCAGUAUUGUGACAGUUAGGAGGAAUUGAGUAUUCUCAAUUUAGAUUCCACAGACAAAUAAGUAACAUGAUUUACUACUGUUGUUCUUUGGACAAUAUCAUAAUGAAAAUUUUAAUGAUAAAAAAAGUAUCUUGUACAAUGUAAAUAUCAUGGUAAAUAUGGUGUUACUAUAUGUGACGUAACCCUGGACCACAAAACCAGUCAUAAGGGUAAUUUUUCUUUUUUUUCAUCUGAAAGCUGAACAAAUAAACAUUCCAUUAAUGUAUGGUUUGUUAGUAUAGGACAAUAUUUGGCCAAGAUAAAACUAUUUGAAAAUCUGGAAUCUGAAGGUGAAAAAACCUAAAUAUUGAGAAAUUUGCCUUUAAAGUUGUCCAAAUGAAGUUCUUAGCAAUGCAUGUUACUAAUCAGAAAUUAAGUUUCGAUAUAUUUACAGUAAGAAAUGUACAAAAUAUGUUCAUAGAACAUGAUCUUUAUUUUAUAUCCUAAUUAUUUUUGGCAUAAAAGAAAAUUUGAUAAUUUUGGCCCCUAUAAUGUAUUGUUGGCUAUUGCUACAAAUAUACCCAUGCUACUUAUGACGACUUUUGUGGUCCAGGGUCACAUAUGAGGUCAUCACUGUACCAUGCUACCGUCAUUUUAAGGAGAGUCCAACAAGAUGAUCCUUGGUUUGUGGAUAUUUAUUUAGUGGCUCUUCCUUUUGUGCCUGGAUGACUAGAACUCAUAUUUUUGUAUCCAUUGUAUUUUUUAUUACCUAAAACUAUGAAGAAAAUUCAGGUCAUGUUUCACCUCACAAUUAAAAAUCUA